CCCGUCACCCUCCUUUUCUUGCCUGCGCGCAGCCCAACCAUGACCGCCCCUGCCACCCCGGCGUCGCCGGCAGGCAAGCGCGGCCGCGACGACGCCGCUCCCCCUUCUUCCUCCUCCCCCUCCUCUUCCGUGUCCUCAUCACCCCCUUCCCCGACGACACCGCUGCCCGCGGCCGAGGAUCUGCCCCCCUCGCCGGCGGCCAAGCGCCCGCGCGAUGACGCCGGGCCCGAGUCCGAGGGUGGCGACGUGACUGCGUCGGAUGGAGCCGCAUCUGCCGUCACUGCCCCGCAGCUGGCCGCCGAUGGGAGCAUCCUCAAGGUUGAGCUGGAUGGCGAGGCAUCUCGGCCGGAGGAGGGGCCCCCGGCCACCCUGUCCAAGACCACCUCGCAGCAUGUCAUCGAGCUGAUGCUGGCCCAGCAGCGCCGGCGCAUCGUCAUCCCAAGCUACGCUGCUUGGUUUUCUUUUGCGGCCAUCCACGAGAAUGAGAAGGAGGCCCUCCCCGAGUUCUUUGUCCCGGGAUCGCUGUCCAAAACCCCGGAACUAUACCGCGACUAUCGGGACUUCCUGAUUAACACAUACCGGCUGAACCCGGACGAGUAUCUGACGGUGACUGCUGCCCGGCGAAAUCUGGCCGGCGAUGUGUGUGCCAUCAUUCGUGUGCAUGCCUUCCUCGAGCAGUGGGGCUUGAUCAAUUACCAGGCGCACCCGGAGACCCGGCCCUCGCUCCUGGGUCCCUCCUUGACCAGCCAUUUCGAGGUGACGCUCGACCUGCCGGGAGGCGAUCCGGCCGGGGCACUGGCCCUCGCGGCAGGCGCCACCCUCGGCACCACCUCCCCGCAGGCGCCGCGAAAUGCCGGCCCCGCCGGUGACUUGCGCUCCGGCUUCGCUGUUGUGCCCCCCCGGCACCGGGUGUACACCGGUGGCGCCGAUGGCCGUGCUUUGGCGCUUGCCAAGCCGGAGUCCGGUAGCGCGAGCUCCGAAACUGGCGCCACGGGAUCCACCUCGGUGUCCGGCCCGGUUCCCCCGACUGCGGCCGGGGUCGCGGCGGCUGCCAGCACCAUCGUCUGUUGGUCCUGUGGCUGCAGCGUGUCUGGCCCCCGUUUCCACACCACCAAGCAGGAUAUCCCCUUCGAUCUGUGCGAGGGCUGUUUCCUGGAGGGGCGCUUCCCGAAUAGUUUCACCUCGGGCGACUUUACCCGAGUGGGCAUGCUGCCGCCGGCGGCCGGCGGCCCGGGUACCGACUGGGCAGAGGCCGAAUUGUUCCUCCUGCUCGAGGCGCUGGACAUGUUCCGGGAUAAUUGGCAACAGGUGGCUCGUCACGUUGGGACCCGCUCGGCCGACGAAUGCCUGCUGAAGUUCCUCCAGCUCCCGAUCGAGGAUCGUCUUCUCGAAGAGAAGCUCCCCCCGAUCAUGGCAGGGCCCAAUGGCCAGGCCCCGAGUUCCGGGGUGCUGGAUGCCGGGGAGACGGUCGAGCGCCUGGUGGCCGGGCUUCCGGAGCCCGUGGCCCAGGCGGUGCGUGAUGCGGCCGAUGUCGCCUGCCAAAAGUACCUGGAGUCCAUCGAAGAGAAGGGGGCGCCCUCCGCCGACAUGGAGACCGAUGCCACUCGGCUGGCCUCGGAAGCGGCCGGGGCGCUGGCCGCGCGGGCGACCUUGGCCGCGCGGGCGACCGAGCGCCGGAUACAGGCGGAGCUGGCGGCCAUGUUCACGCUGCAGGCUCGACGUCUUGAAUUGCGUCUUGCCCAUGUGCAGGCGGUUGAGCAGCGCCUGGCCCGGGAGCGCGAGCAGCUUGCCGCCGAACGGGUGGCCCUCGCCGCCGAUCGCCUGGCUCUGGCCCGGUCCAUACAGCGGAUUGACAGCUCGGCCGUGCGCCUGGCCUCGGUCCGACCCUUGACGCCGGUGCUGCCGACCGAGGGCAGCCCCGAUCCCGCGUCGGGGAUAGACCCGGGUGCUGGGCCUGCGUCGCUCACGUACACCGCGAUCUGAAAUACACACCUUUGGUCCCCGCCCCGCCCCCCCCCCC